GACGGAUUUGCUAGUUUUUCAUUGAUAAAAUUUACGGAAUAUACCGUUCGGUAUCAUCAUCCUUCGGCUGCGGAUACGCAAAGUACCGUUCCAGUUGCACUGUGUGCCACCGGCACGGAACAUCAAAUCAGGGUCGAACUUUCAACUACUCCAGAGUUGGGUGUUGAUUAACGGAGAUUUUUGGAGUGUAUUUUUUCUUGUGAUUUUUUUUUCGAGGAUAUUAUCGGCAUGACGCUCAACAGAGAUCCGGACGUUGUGUGUUUCAAACAUUGCGGUAGAAAAUUUUUCGUAUUUUCAGUUCCCUCGCAAUGCCCAGUUUGCAUGCAAGCCUUUGCACAAUCGGACGAAUUCCUUCCCUUCACAUUACCCUACCCAUUUGUGAACGCAACGCAGUCUCCAUGUUCGGUCGUUCUUCGAUCGUCCUGUGGCGAUUUUCUCAGCAACUUUCAAAACAGCACCAACCUGCACAUAGCGCUAACGGAUUCCUGUGGUUCGAUAGUUGAAUUCGAUAGUCCUGGUUUGCUCUGGACUUUGUCCAAACAGGUGGACAAAGCCCAAUGGCGGCAAUGUUUGUUGAUCAUGCAAGUACCAGAAUCGUGGUACAACGAGUGGGAUCAAACACUCCGGGACGUAAUAGAGAAGGGAGAUUGGAGGCGAAGGAAAUACGAUGAAGAUCGGAUGAAUUGCUAUAGUUUUGUGCUUGACUUUCUUCGGCUCUUGAAGUAUGAGGACUAUGCAGAAUUUGUUAAUGAUAGGGGAACCUUCUCCACCAAUUUUGUAGUGCCUAAAACUGCAUACGCAGCCAAGUAUAUAACCAUUUUCAGAAGAAUCAAAGAAUGUGGAUUCUGGUCAGAAAUAAUCAAUAAUUGUGAUCAACAGGAAAUAUAG